AUGGCUGAUCUGAAACUGGUAAUUCCUUUAGAGUCAAAUCCUUCAAUUUUCACCGACCUUUCUCAAAAAUUGGGUCUUUCACCUAUAUUGCAAUUUCAUGAUGUGUAUUCACUAACUGAUCCUGAGCUUUUGUCAUUUUUACCGCAGCCGGUAUUCGGAAUUAUACUUUUAUUUCCCUUAACUCCAAGCUAUGAAGCCUACAGAAGAGAGAAAGAUGCAGAGGGUGGUAAAUAUGGAAAUGAAAAUCCUAACGUGCACUGGUUCAAGCAAACUAUUGGAAAUGGUUGCGGUUUGUACGCCUUACUACACAUAUUGAUUAAUAUUCUGCCCGAUCUAACAUUAAGCCAUCUGCAAAUAAACGACUUGGCUACCAAAAUUGAAGGUAGAAACCUCUCUGUGGAAGAAGUGAGUCUAAUUGUCGAGGAGUUGGAAAGGAACAUCAAGCUUGAUGAGCAAUUCGGGUCCAAAGGGCAAACAGAGGCACCUGCACCAGGAGAGUCAAUUGAAUUCCACUUUAUCAGUUUCAUCAAAGGUAAGGACAACCAUUUGUACGAGUUGGACGGAAGAAGAAACGGUCCCAUUGACUUGGGUGAAGUUGGUGCUGCCGGCGCUGAGAGCAUAAUCAAGGAACUGAAGUUGAUUGACAAAAUUCAAUUCUACAUCGAUAAUGCUGAUGAAAGGAAUAAGCACAAUUUUGCCUUGAUGGCACUAGGACCAACAUUAGAUUAG